CCCGGUGCGAUUCUGCAGUCCGUGGAGCGACGCAGACAUGGAGACGCGACUGGCAGGCGCUCCUGCCUGCCAUGUCACAGAGAGAAUUGCGUUUGAUUUGAAGCUGCGCUAUUAAAAUAAAGAAAAGUGCACGCACACGCGGGCUUUUGCAGUUCGCUGCAAACCGAAGCCGCGCUAGCCUACGGAUUUUUGACAGAGGAAAUAGACGCCGCCGUCUCCCUUGCAAGGAUGUGACAGCUGAGCCGAAUCUUGGCAUAGGAAGGAAGAGCUCCAAGGGGUCUCCUCGUCCGAUGCGGGCGGGUCACGAUCGCUGGAGUGGAAGCGGAAUUUUGUCUUCGCGGGUGCGCGCGGGUUGCUGAUGUGAGCAGCGGCACCGGGAGAAGCCAGAAAUAUGAGGCAGGCGAGUGCGAGGGACAUGCAAUGCUUCCUCUGCCCCCGUGCCUUCCGUGAAUGCCAUUCUUUGCAAGACUGAGUCAUGAAAAGUCAGAGCUGCUGCUUACCAGGACCCAGAAAUGUUGAAUGGAAGCGCCGUGGAGCUGAAUUUGCAGAAGCAGUUUCUGGCGGCGUGCUUUGUUUAGUCAAACGCAUUGGAGCUGCACGGGGUGACUCUUAGGGAGGGAGGUGAGAGGGAAGGAAGCAAGACCCCCCCUCGCCAUGGGGUACAAUGCAAGCUGGGUGUCAGUCAACGAAAGUGAAUCUAGUGGUGGGCCUUAUCAGGUUGUUACCCCCGCUUUGAACGCAUCCGGGACACAAAUCGUGGGCAUCAAUCGAAGCGCCCAUGGGAUGGGAACUUCAGAAAACGAGGAAUAUAGGGAAGAACAAACGUAUCGGCAUUUUACUACUGUUGUGCAAGUUGUCAUCUUUACAGGCUCUCUGCUAGGAAACUCUGUGGUAUUGUGGUCAACAUGCAGAACUUCAAUUUUUAAGUCAGUAACUAACCGGUUUAUUAAGAACUUGGCCUGCUCUGGAAUCUGUGCCAGCCUAGCCUGUGUGCCUUUUGACAUUGUCCUCAGUGCCAGUCCACACUGCUGCUGGUGGAUCUACACCAUGGUCUUCUGUAAGAUCAUCAAGUUCUUGCACAAAGUCUUCUGCUCAGUGACAAUUCUCAGCUUUCCUGCCAUUGCCCUGGAUAGGUACUAUUCAGUUUUAUACCCACUAGAAAGGAAGUUAUCGGAUGCCAAGUCUCGAGACCUGGUAAUCUACAUCUGGGCUCAUGCAGUGAUGGCAAGCAUUCCUGUAUUUGCUGUGACCAACGUAUCAGAUAUUUAUGCUAUGUCCACAUGUACUGAUCCCCGGAGUUUCUCCAUUGGCCACUUAGCAUAUGUCAUCAUUUACAACAUUACCACUGUGAUUUUGCCAGUGGCUGUGGUGUUUCUUUUUAUGUUCCUCAUCCGCAGAGCACUGAGUGCCAGCCAGAAGAAAAAAGUCAUUAUAGCUGCCUUAAGAACCCCUCAAAAUACAAUUUCUAUUCCUUAUGCCUCUCAGAGGGAAUCUGAACUUCAUGCCAUGUUGCUGUCCAUGGUUAUGAUAUUUAUUUUCUGCAGUGUGCCCUACAUGACUUUAGUGAUCUACCGCACUGUACUGAAUGCUUUGGACACUUCUGAAUACUUGAUUCUCACAGCCAUCUGGCUGCCCAAGGUAUCACUGCUAGCCAACCCCUUGCUGUUCCUCACUGUUAACAAAUCUGUACGGAAAUGUUUAGUAGGGACUAUGGCACAACUACACCGAAGGUAUAGUCGGAGGAACAUUAUCAGCUCUGGAGGGGCUGCGGAUACCAACCUAGAGUCACACGUCCGCUCUGGUAGCCAGCUUCUGGAAAUGUUUCACAUUGGACAGCAGCAAAUUUUCAAGCCCACUGAGGAUGAAGAGAAUGAAACCAAAUCCUUUGGCUGCACUGACUACCAGCAGAAGGAAAUUCCUACCGCCAGCUUAGAUGUGGAACAGGCUUUAGUUCAGAGGUCUUUGCCUCAUGCUGUUGCAGACUCGGCGGCACAAGUGGCACCAGCCAUGCCAACAGAAGCAGAAUUGGCCAGUGAGAAGUAUUCCGCACAGCUAGGCUUUGGGCCUUUUGAGCUGCCUCCACAAUGGCUGUCAGAAAGUCAGAACAGUAAGAAGCGAUUACUGCCGCCUUUGGGAAACACACCUGAGGAGUUAAUCCAGACAAAACAGCCCAAGUAUAAAGCAGAAAGAAAAAUUAGCAGGAACAAUAAAGUCAGCAUUUUCCCCAAAGUGGAUUCUUAGUAAAAGCAGGCAUUUUAUGUGACGAGACAGGGCCAUAUAUGUGAUCCUAUGGAUCUUUGUUAGGAUGAAAUAAAGGCUUAUUUUUUAGUGCCAAUUUGUAAAACCAAACUGAAAACAAAGCUUUCCUUAGGAAUGGUUUCGAUACAAAUAUCUAAUCUUAUAUAUUUCUCUAGAUUCAUUUUUCAUUGUAUACAAGACUAAAUUUCCAAAGGGGUAUUUUUGGGCUUUUCCUGCCCAAAGAUGGCCUGUUCCUCCUUAUCCUGUUGUGAU